AUGGCCAACCUGGGCCAGUCCGGGCCCAAUCCCCACGGCCUGGCUUUCCCCCAGACGUCCUUCAGCAGACGCAGCACCGGCUUCGCUCCCGCCCACCCGAACCAGCCCAACAAACAGUCUCCCGCGCCUCAGGCGGCCUCGCCAUACCAGUCGCAAGCCUAUCCGCCGCAGCAGCCGCCUCAGGGCUAUCCGCAACACCUCUUCAACACGCCGGCGUCGGUCAACGCCAGCGUCGCCAAUGCCUCGUCGCGCGCGCCCAACCUCCACGUCUCCAAUGCCCUGCCGCGGCAGCAGCGCGCCGCUCCGCCUAGGCAGCAGAUGCAGGCCCAGCCGAACCCGCCGCCCAUGCUCUUCCCGACCUCGAUGAGCCAGCCCGUCGCACACGAAUCCAUCCUCUCUCACCAGCACCAUCCGCAACACCACCCGCAGCAGCACCCGCAGCAGCACCCGUCUCAGCAGGCAUUGGCCGGCCAUCCGGGGCACGCGCAGCAGCAGCAGCACCACCAGCAACAGCAGCAGCAGCAGGCCGUACAGCAGCAGCAGGCUCAGCAGGUCCAGCAUCACCCGCAGCAGCAACAGCAGCAGCAGCACCACCAGCAGCCGCAUCAUCCUGCCUACGCCCAGCACCCUCAGGCUCAUCAAGCGGCCCAUGCCUCUCACCAGACACAUCAGACGCACCAGACGCACCAGGUACCGCAGCAGAUUCAGCAACAGGCCCAGCACCAGCACCAGCAGGAGCAGCUUCAUCAUGUCCAGCAGUCCCGCUCCCAGCAGCAGGCACAGCAACAGCAGCAGGCGCAACAGCAACAACAGGCGCAACAACAGCAAGUACAGAAGCAGCAUCAAUCUUCGCGGCAGCAACUGCAAAUCCCACAGCCCCAGGCUCAGCAACCGGUGCAGCAGCAGGUGCCGCAGCCGGUUCCGCAACCAGUCCAGCACCAGGUCCAACAAGUACAACACCAGCAACAACAACACCAAGCUCAGCAGCAAGUACAGCAGCAGCAGCAGCAGCACCAACAGCAUCAACAUCAACAACAGCAGCAUCAACAACAACAGCAGCAGCAUCAGCAGUUACAAGCCGCCGCUCAGCAGCCUGAACCCAUUUCUCAGCAGCAGCAGGAUAGUCAUGCGGGAGAGGACUUGGACAUGGACGGCCAACAAGACGGAGACGACGACAACAGCACUCUGGCGCCGUCCAAGCUGAUGAACGAUCAAUUGGCGGCCACUCAACCCUUGGGAGAGAUGAUGUCACCACCUCCUGAAGGCGGCAGUUAUCCCACGCUCGAGGCCGUUCAGAAGGCCGUCUUGCGCUACUGCACCUCGGUCGGUUAUGCUAUCGUCAUUGGACGGUCCAAGAAGACGGUGCCAGGAUUGAAGAAGGUGCUUUUCGUUUGCGAUCGGGCCGGAAAGCCGCCAAGCCGAGUCAGCCCCGAGUUUCGAAAGCGUAAGACAUCGUCGAGAAAAUGCGACUGCCCCUUUGGCUUCUUUGCCAUUGAGCAGCGAACUCAGUGGACUAUCCGCUACCGGCCGGACCCUUCGCACUUGCAGCAUAACCAUGGGCCGAGCGAGAGUCCGUCAAAUCACCCCGCAGCCAGAAAGCUCGACAGCAAGAUGGUUGCCGCUGUGAAGCAACUGAAAGAUAGUGGUGCAGGCGUAUCUGAAACACUGCAGAUUCUCCAAACUGAUAAUCCUGACUGCCACUUGUUACCGAGGGACAUUUACAACGCGCGUGCGGCCAUCAAUCGUAAUCCGCAGAAAGUAGCCACGGGCCUGGCGGAGAAUCGGCCGGCCAUAUAUACCAAGCCGUUGCAGUCGCCCGAAGACCGCAUACGAGCCGAGCUGAGGCGCGAGCUGGCCAAGGCUCGCGAAGACUUGAAGAAGAUUGAAGAGGAGAAGCAAAAGGAGAUUGACGACCUCAAGGCCAAGAUGGCGGAAAAGGACAAGCUGAUAGAAAAGUUUGAAAUGUUUAUUGACAUUUGUAACGGCAGAGUCAUUCUCCAGAGAGAAAGGCUAGCUGGUCCUGAAGGGGGCGCGGCGGGCGGUGUCAACCCGAGUGUUUAA